UGCCCCCUCCGUUAUUCCUUACAAAGGGAAAACAUCUCGCGAGCAGGGUUGUGUUUUGAAAGGUUCGCGGACGCUCUUUUACGGUAUAUUAGUUCAAACUGAAACGCGGAAGAACGUAAGACAAGGAGGACAGCGGAGGUUAUCGAUACAGCGCGACAUUUGCCAGUAUAUCCGAUACUGAUGCGAGAACAGACUCGAGCGCUGUGGAAUCGUUUUCCUUUUUCAAUGAUAUCCAUAAAUCAAGAGGGAAGAUCCAGCACGGAUGUAACACAUCGGAAUAGUUGGGAUUUUCCUCACAGCCGUGCUCAAGUAUGGGCUCACCUUUCAGGCUGUUGUUAGUGGAGUUCGUGAGGGAACUGCAUGAAGAGCAUCUCCAUGAGGUUCUCUCUGAAAAGAGGGAGUGAAAGUUGCAUCCAUCUCAUACAAUCCCAAACAUCUAACAGCCCUAAACUCAUGUAGUUCACAGACUGAGGUAUGAAAAUGGAUAAACUCACCAUUAUUUCAGGAUGUCUCUUUCUCGCGGCAGAUAUCUUCGCAAUUGCAAGCAUUGCAAAUCCAGACUGGAUCAAUACAGGCGGUCAAGAGGGCGCUCUGACUGUGGGUCUAGUCAAGCAAUGCCAGACCAUCCACGGUCGAACCAGGGUAUGUAUCUCCCCAAGCCUUCCUCCAGAAUGGAUCACUACCCUGUUCUUCAUCAUCUUAGGCAUCAUCUCGCUCUCUAUCACAUGUGGCCUGCUUGUGAUCUCACACUGGAGGCGAGAGGCUACAAAAUAUGCCCGCUGGAUCGCCUUCAUGGGAAUGGUCCUCUUCUGCAUGGCUGCUCUCAUAUUUCCAGUUGGAUUUUACAUCAAUCAAGUCGGAGGACAACCUUACAAAUUACCCAAUAAUACUGUGGUUGGGUCCUCAUAUGUACUGUUUGUUUUAUCAAUAUUUUUUACAAUAGUUGGACUUCUUUUUGCGGGUAAAGUCUGUCUGCCUGGCUGACAAAUCCUCUGGUUUUCAAUUUUUUUUUAUGCUACAUAUUUGACUUUUUCAAUGCCAGUGUGGUUUAAAUGAUGACCAAAAAAAAAUAAUAAAUAAUAAAAAUACAAACACUUCAAAGGGAUGACUCGUUGACACAAAAGGGCCUUUUUGCAGUGGAAAUGUUAUUAUAAUGAUAUUGUGGUCAAUAAAAAAUUUACAUAAGCAAUAAUGUACAAUCAGAAAGUCAUUAUCACUAAAUAAAUCAUCCUUGCAUUGCCCUGAUGGGGGUUACUUAGCGGUAAUGACUGGCGGACUGUACAAUAUCCCGCUUAUGACAUGGCUACCCACCAAAUAAAUAAAUAUAUGGUCAUAUAACAAUGAUUUGUGUUGAAAUGAUUGUAUAACAUUUUACCUGUACUGUAUAUUACCUUAAAGAAAUAGUUCACUUAAAAAUGAAAAUUUACUGAAAAUUUAAUCACUCUCAUCCAAUUUGUAGAUGAGUUUGUUUCAUCCUUGGAACACUUGCACACCAAUGAAUCCUCUGCAGUGAAUGGGUGCCGUCUGAUUGAGAGUCCAAACAGCUGAUAAAAACAACACAAUAAUCCACAAGUAAUCCACACCACUCCAGUCCAUCAAUUAACAUCUUGUGGAAUGAAAAGCAGUGUGUUUGAUAGAAACAAAUCCGUCAUGAAUUUCAAACCAUUGCUUCUGACUAAAAUACCUUUCUCCAGUUUUACUAUUGUAAGGGAAUUACAGUUAAACCCCAUAGAGGCCAAUGUGCUCCGUGAAGACCAGGAGUCAAAUCUGAAGUUCAAUCAGUUGACAGUUCUCCACACGUCCAAAGGCAAAUCUUGGAGACACAAAAUUCCAUUCAUAAGCAACUACUGAAAGGGUCGUAGGUGAGUCAUUAAUCUUCUCAUGUGAGCAGUAGUUGAUUCUCCUGGAGACUGCUCCUUUGGCAUGGUGACAUAUUCUUAAACAACCCCUGCAAAUACACCAUUAGAUAAAACAAUAUAUUUUCAAAAUAUAUUACUGGAACAGAACAAUAUAGAGCACAGAGCAACUUCUACACAUGCUUUACUGUCAUAGUUUAACAUAUAGCGACAAAUGGUGCUAUUGUCUCUAAAAAGAAUUACAAAUGCUUAGCAUAAAUAUGGGUUAGUUGGUUUUACAUGUCUCAUACAGCUAUCAUGAGAACCACCGAAUA